AUGCCUUCCAUCUCCACCUCCUCUGCUGCUCCUCGCAUCUCUUCUUUACUCCGUCGACUUCCUUUCUACAACCGCGGUCCUGCCAUGACUUCCGCUCAGCUGCUAGAGAAAAAGCUUGCUAAAGCUUUGAUUUCUCUCAAAAAUCCUCCGACCAUGAGGGAGCGUGUCAAACGAAUGGGAGAUCGCUGCUUCGAGAAAGUCCGACAUGUUAAGAAGACCGGAGGAUCAUCCAACGUCGUAGAACGUGAAGCCCCCAUCUGGGUCGACCGCUCUGGCUAUGUCACUGUGACCUUCGUCGCGGAUGGCGAACACGAGCUGCAGUUCUCAUCCAGCCCGGUUAGAAUUAAAACGCCCGUUCGAUUGGUCGAAAGCGUUAUCGCCCCUGACACUACCGCCCUGCACCCCGAGUCGAAUGACCCAUUCCCUUCGAAGCUCAGCGGCGAGGAGAACAUGCGUCAGAUAGACCUCCUCCUCACCAUGGCCCAGAACACGUUCUCCGACGACAAACACUCCACUCCCGUCGACACUAUCACUCUCGAAGCAUGCGACAUCGCCAGCGGUGGAAGCUCUUGCGAGCCGCCAUCUUCACCCAAGCCUAUACAGCAUCCCGACGUUACAAUGGGAAUGGGAUUUGACGUCCUCGCCUUUCUCAAGGAGCUUGGGGAGAUGUCCGAAGCUGAGGCACAAUCUAGGUGCUUGUAUGCCAGCCAAUCCAUGGAGCACGAACAAGAGCAGGACGUCCAUCUACAGGAGCUCUGGGCGCAAUUCAUGCAUUUCCCGGAGGUCGCACCUGCGGAGAUACCAAGCCCCAUUCUAGAGCCCAUUCCAAUCAUACAGGUCAACGGACAGGAGGUGGAGAUCUUUGACAUCGACGCAAUCUGGGCGGAAGCCAUCGCAGUCAAGAAGGCUAGAGGGCCCGAGGUCGAGGUCUUCACGGAGCUGUGGUGA